AUGGCCAUGGAUUUGAAAUCGGAACCGAAGUCGCAGAAGAAGAAGAAGAAGAGAGCUGGACACGACGAGCUGUGGAUGGAAGGCUAUUCCGUCGAUGGCUUGUCGAUUGCAGGACACGAGACCUGCGUCAUUUUGCCCAAUCUUAAUUUGGCAUUCGACAUUGGAAAGUGUCCCCAACGCGCUGUUUCCCAGCGGUUCCUCUUCAUCUCCCAUGGCCACAUGGAUCACAUCGGAGGAUUACCUAUGUAUGUUGCUACAAGAGGACUAUAUAGAAUGGCUCCUCCUACCAUUAUUGUGCCAAAAAGCAUUAAGGAGAAUGUGGAGAUGAUAUUCGAAGCACAUAGAGCAAUGGAUCAAUCAGAGCUCGAGCAUACUCUUGUUGGCCUAGAUGUGGGUGAAGAGUUUUAUAUAAGAAGAGAUCUUAAAGUUAGAGCAUUUAAAACUUAUCAUGUCAUUCCAAGUCAGGGAUACAUAGUUUAUUCUUUGAGAGAGAAACUUAAGCAGGAGUAUAUUGGGCUGCCGGGAGCUGAGAUAAAAGGCCUGAAGUUAUCAGGUGUGCAGAUUACAGACACCAUCACAGCACCCGAAAUUGCAUUUACAGGAGACACCAUGUCCGACUUUAUUGUAGAUCCAGAGAAUGUUGAUGUUUUAAAAGCAAAAAUUCUGAUUAUGGAGAGUACCUAUGUUGACGAUUCGUGCACAGUGGAAGAUGCAAGAGAAUACGGGCACACGCAUCUGUCUGAGAUCAUUAGUAAAGCAGAUAAGUUUCAGAACAACGCUAUUCUUCUUAUACACUUCUCGGCUCGCUACCAAUUAAAUGUGAUUGAAAAUGCUAUUUCAGCAUUGCCUCCUCCGUUGGCAGGACGAGUUCGUGCUCUAACUAAUGGGUUUUGAAGUGCUGCAGAGUUCAAAAUACACACUACAUUGAAGUCUAAACAGGGUAAUGACUUUCUGAUCACAUCGAGAACUUGUGUUUUAUUUGGCUAGUGGUUCUCAGGGUCAAUUAGCUGCAUGAAAAUCUACAAGGUUGUGCUAGCAACCCUCACUGCACGAAUGUUAUCAAUGCGAAUAUAUAUAUGCCGUGAGGCGAAGAAUUUGGUCGUGUAGGAUACUAAUUUAAAACUCUGUACAAAGGAUCUCCAUUUUAAAUUUAGUUAUUUGUGUACAGUCCAGUGUUUGUGUUGGGUAGAUUGUAGUUUUCUUAUUUCACAUGUGGAAAUCAAGUUCAGUUAUAAAUUCAUUGAUU